AUGAAUACCACGGCGAGGCGCGCGGCGUCGCACUUCUGGCGCUCUCGCAUCCUCAAUCUACCAGCCUGCUCCCGUCGGUGGAACUCGACAUUCGAGACGAGAAAAUGGUCUACGCCAUUGGCUCGCACGCUAGCGAGCGCUAUGAAGGUUUUCGAAGUCGACCCCAAGAUACUACCGCAGCCCUGCUUACAGCGUUGGUCUAUAGGUGGUUACUAUACAUCCCGGCCAGAAACAGGCGCGGUGUUCGGCAAACAUGGUGACUUUGUGACGUCGCCCGAAAUCUCGCAGGUAUUCGGAGAGUUGAUCGGUAUCUGGACAAUUGCCGAAUGGAUGUCACAAGGGCGCAACAAGAGUGGUGUCCAGCUGAUGGAGGUCGGACCUGGGAAGGGAACACUUAUGGAUGAUAUGCUACGGACAUUCCGAAACUUCAAGAGCUUCUCAUCAAGUAUCGAGGCAAUUUAUCUUGUCGAAGCAAGCCAUACCUUGCGGGAGAUGCAGAGGCAGCUCCUGUGCGGUGAUUCUCCGAUGGAAGAGACGGAGAUAGGACAUCGCAGUAUCUGCAAGUAUUUUGACGUGCCAGUCGUUUGGGUGGAAGAUAUCCGGCUCUUGCCCCACGAGAUCAUGACGCCUACUGGACCUCAAAUACUGCACAAGCCCCUUAAAGCGGCGAACACACCCCAAUGGCGUGAGCUACUGGUUACACUCAAUCCCAAGGCAAUCGAGGAGAACGUUGAGGGCGAGCCCGAGUUUCAACUCAGCAGAGCCAAGGCCUCUACGCCAUCCUCCCUUGUCAUCCCUGAAAUUUCAGAACGUUUCCGUGCUCUGAAAUCCCAGCCUGGUUCCACCAUUGAAGUCAGCCCCGAAAGCAGAAUCUAUGCUGCCGAUUUUGCCCGCCGUAUCGGUGGUGAUGCUUCUUCAGCCUUGGCUUCCAAGAAAAAUUCCACCGCACCACCUCCGCAGAAGAAGACACCUUCCGUCCACCGUCCCGAUCAAUUCCUGCGGGGUAUCCAGCACCACCGAAAGGUGCCCCCGCUCUCAGCACCCGGUCAGGUCGAUGUGAGCGCCGAUGUAGACUUUACGUCGCUUGCGGAGGCCGCGAUUGAAGGGAGUGACGGCGUUGAAGUGCACGGACCUGUUGAGCAAGGGGAUUUCCUCAACGCUUUGGGUAUCACCGAGCGUAUGGAGCAGCUCCUGCGCAAGGCUGGAGAUGAAGAGAAGAGGAAAACCUUGGAGACGGGAUGGAAGCGGCUGGUCAUGGCGAUUGUGCCCGAGAACAGCGGCCGUCGUCGACCUGUUGGGUUUGGAGGAAGUGUCCAAAUGUAA